AUGCCGGAGUGUCAGCGUUGCUUCACUACUGGCAGGAAAUGCCUGGGUUAUGAGCGCAGUUACAGCUUCAAGAUAACGACGAGUAAAACUUGGCCAAAGGGUGGGAAUGCCAAGAAGGUAACUCACGAGGAAGGUAGAUCUGAUGGUGUUAUCGAUCAGACUAGGAGCUUCGCUGAACCAAACUUGCAAGCCCCGCUAUGUAUGCAACUGGGACAAACUGCAGUGGUCUGUGAUGCCUUUUCCAGCGUGUUCAUGGACCUGCUUUUCCCUAAAAAUACAGACCUGCGGCAAAACGUCAACUCUCCUGGCUCUUGGAUAAGCUCAUUGGCUACUUUGCUUAGUAGUCGGAAUGAAACUCUGAAUCAAGGACUGCUUGCCCUAUAUACGGGCUUUGUUGGCCGUAAAAAUGGCGACGCGGCGCUCAUCAACCGCUCAGCCGAGCUUUACUCGAAUGCACUCCAUGGUCUCCGGAGAAGCGACAUAUGGGUCAGGCAAAAGCCAUCUCCUGUGGAUAUUGCAUCCGCUUUAGCGAGCAUCAUGAUUUUUUCUCGCGUCGAGCUUCUAGCAGGCGAAGGAGCCAAUGGCGGUUAUAUGGCACACAUCAAGGGCGCUAAGAAAGAGGAUCCGAAUUACCUUACGCACAAAGCCAUCGAAGCAGUUAUAACGCUACCUACUCUAUGUGAGUAUGCAGACAGAUUAGAUGCCACAGUCUUUCAGCCUGAGAAAAAAGUACGGCGAGGCCUCCUCACGACACAAUAUCUGCUCAAUUGUGCAUCCAUAGUAGAGAACAAUCUGGAUCAAUGGCUUCCAGAAAUGACUGCUGUUACUCCAUGCCCUAUUGUGAUAGAAGCUUCAGAUGCUGAGAUCAACAUCAGCCCUCAGCCGCAUGACAUAGGCGUUACCGCUGCUCAAGCUAGCGACCUGUGGAUGCUUCAUUGGUCAUUAACGAUCCGUUUUAACUUGCUCAUCAGGCAGUUACACAACCGAUUUUCUACUUUAUCAGCACUUGUUUCAGAUCCUAUUCAGCUAUCCGCUGACUUGAAAAACUUGGGUAAGGACUAUAAUACCUUAGAUCGAUUUGCCGACUAUAUUAGAAGGACGCUAGAUAAGGGCCUAGCAGACAACACACUCCAAGCUCAAGGCGUCAUGGCAUAUUUUUUUAACCUUCAUUGGUAUUGGGAACAAAGAAAUAACAUUGAACAGAAAAAUUGGUGCAUACAAAGCCUCCGGAACAUGGCGAACAACCAAAGGCUGGGGCUUGAUGUUCAAGUUGUCAAGAAUCCUCAAAAACGCCCUUCCCUAUCAGCACCAUUCCUUGCGGAUGACUUUAUAUAG